GUGUAUGAACACGUUGUAUUGAACAGCUAGGGUGUUCAAUACAACUCAUCCCUCAUGUGUGUGUUUAUACCUCAUUAAACUGAUUUCAAUUUGAAAACUGACGCCGCAGGUGUCACUGUAGUGAGUGUUGUGCCUCGGUACUGUGCAGUGUUGUGCCUCUGUACUGUACAGUGUUGUGCCUCGGUACUGUGCAGUGUUGUGCCUCUGUACUGUGCAGUGUUGUGCCUCUGUACUGUGCAGUGUUGUGCCUCUGUACUGUGCAGUGUUGUGCCUCGGUACUGUGCAGUGUUGUGCCUCUGUACUGUGCAGUGUUGUGCCUCUGUACUGUGCAGUGUUGUGCCUCUGUACUGUGCAGUGUUGUGCCUCGGUACUGUGCAGUGUUGUGAGUGUACUGUGCAGUGUUGUGCCUCUGUACUGUACAGUGUUGUGCCUCUGUACUGUGCAGUGUUGUGCCUCUGUACUGUACAGUGUUGUGCCUCGGUACUGUGCAGUGUUGUGCCUCUGUACUGUGCAGUGUUGUGCCUCUGUACUGUGCAGUGUUGUGCCUCUGUACUGUGCAGUGUUGUGCCUCUGUACUGUGCAGUGUUGUGCCUCUGUACUGUACAGUGUUGUGCCUCUGUACUGUGCAGUGUUGUGCCUCUGUACUGUGCAGUGUUGUGACUACUGUGCAGCGUUGUGCCUCGGUACUGUGCAGUGUUGUGCCUCAGUACUGUGCAGUGUUGUGCCUCGGUACUGUGCAGUGUUGUGCCUCUGUACUGUACAGUGUUGUGCCUCAGUAUUGUACAGUGUGGUGCCUCGGUACUGUGCAGUGUUGUGCCUCAGUACUGUACAGUGUGGUGCCUGUACAGUGAGGUGUUAGCCUGCUGUGCCUCUCAUCGUCAUCCUUCUAUGCUAGUUGUCUUGCCUUAGGUGCAGCAGUGAACUCCAGAAGCAGGAAUCUCAACUAACAGCAGUUGAAUAAUUGCAUUCCUGCACUACCUACUUGUACAAUAAAAUUUAUCUCGCAGAAAAAAAAAUUAAUAAGGCAAGAUAAAAAGUAUACAUGAUUGAAGAAUUUUGUUGAGGGAUACAAAUUAUUUGUAAGAUGGAUGUUGAAUCUCACGAUGGAGAAGAUUUCUUAUCAACUGCCAGCCAGCAAUUGGAUUUGUCACAGAGCAGUGGAGUAAUGUCUCUUCCGUCGGGAAACAAGCUAGCAAACAUCAGUAUAACCUCAGACAUCACGGAUUCAGAGCUUGAAAAUGAAGAGACAGUGCUUGAUUCAAGUACUCAAAGUAAAAUGAAAACUGAUUUGCAUUUUACUAGAGAGAGGGGUACAGCUGUAUCCACAGCUGCUGCUGCUAGUGCACCUUCUAGGUCCUCAACCCCUCCUCGAUCAACUGAUAUUGAUGACAGAAAACCAAAUGUUAAGGAUACGUAUCGAGACUAUAUGCACAAUGACAGAGUUCCAGUCAGCACUACAGAUUCAUCUAGUCUAAAAGCAAAUAAUGCAAACAUGCAGAUGAUGCCUGGUGUUUCUUAUUCUACAGUGCCUGUUGUCGAGCAUGAAGAACCCUUUACUGUAACUAGCCUGUCCCUUGAUGAUGUUAGGUUCGCACUACAGAAAAACUGCAAUCUUUUAAGUGACAGGCAUUUAUUAAAUGAUCUGCUGAAGUCUUUGGAUGAAGAAAUUGGCCACGAUUCUGCAGCAUGUACCUCUUCUAGCAUCUUCGCUUCUCAGAAGUAUCCAAAAUAUUUUGUGCCACCCAACAGAGAUCCAGGACCCAGCCUUGGUUGUAAGUCAUCAAACAAGGCUAAUGUAGGGAUCAUGACACAAAACGCUGCAACAUCUGAUAGUUCAUACGUACAAUUAACACAUGAUCCAUAUUAUGUACAAAAUUACAAAAGCUCUUCGUGUUACAAUCCUGCUUCAUCCAUUCCUGGUACGAGCAGUAGUCAAGGGCACCUAACAAAUGAUAAUUUGAGAUACAUACAGCAAGAUUCUCAGAGACCUCAGGCAGGCAGUAAUAAUGAAGGAGAUCAUGAUAACCUGGAAAUAAUACCUCACCAAGUGAGUAAUGAUGUAUUUAGUUCACAUUUAUUCAAGUUUGCUACUACCACUCCCUUUAUAGAAGAAUUGGGUUGUGAUAAGAAUCCAGAGAGACAUGUUCAAUUUCAGCACACACCAGCAGAAGUGAAUCCCAGUAGUAUAUCCACAACUGACAAGUGUGUGCCAAGUCAGCUACAGACUGCAAGCUUAAUGGAAUCUAAGAAAUGUGAUAUAAAAGUUAAUACAGUUUUGAAACAACUUUCAGGGCUGCGAUGGAGACUUCUUGGCUGGGAGGAUGUGGGUGCUAGCCCACCAGAAAAUGGCAGGAGCUCACUCGCAUUUGUUCAUCAGCUGUUAAAUAUGCUCCAGGUUCAUCAACUAGAAAAAAAGCAUCUAGAGGAUGAAGUUUUAACAACAAAGGCACUACUGAAGAAAAUGAGCGAUGAAGCUCAUAUUCGGCAAAGUAUGUAUGAGAAAAGGGAAACUCGACUACUUGAGGCCGAUAAACAACUUGGUAUUAUUCAGAAAGAGUGGGUGGAAGCCCAAGAAGCAAUACAAAUGGAAAUGAAGCAGCUUACUGCUCAGUGUAGUCAUCUGAAGGAGGAGAGAGAUAUAUUGAAAGAUAAAGUCAUUGCUAUGGAAGGGAAUAUCGAUAAGCUGACACAGACUGUGAGGGAUUACGAGAAGAUGAAGAUUGCAUUGGAAGAGACUCGGGACCAGUGUGUAGCAAGCCGAAAGCAAACUUCAGAAAUGGCAGAAGAAAAUCUCAUAUUAAAUCAAUGCUUGCAAGAGAAACAAAGAUACUUGGAGGAGCUUGAGGAGGUGCAUCUUCCGCAAAUACAGCAAGAGCUUAAGAGGGUCGAGAGCAAGGCCAAUGGAUUCGAGGAAGCUCAUGACAAACUAAAACGAAUAAAUGCUCACUUGGAGGAUGACCUUCAUGUGUUACAGGAGCAACACAGAAUACUUCUAAAAAAAGUGGUUGAUGAAGAAGAAAUGAAAGAGAAAGCCUUGAAGGAAAAUGCAUCUUUAGAAGAGCAAAUGAAGGAUCUCUCAUCUCAAGUGGCAGCCACACGAAAUGAGCUUCAUCAUCACUACCAGGCCCAGUUAGAGGAGAUGAUGGGGAAGAAGUCUCGCACUCUCCAGGAACAGCUGAAUAAGUUGGAGAUAAACAUGAAGAGGAAUCUUGAAGAACAGCUAGAUGCUCAGCGAAAGAGCCACUAUCAUGCCUGCCUAAACCUCCAGAAAGAGCAUGAAAAACAAAUUAAGGAGAUUAAAUCAUCUAAUGCAACACAAUUGUUAGAGCUCCAGCAGCGGUUAAAGAUGUUGGAGGAAGAAAAUGUGAAACUUAAGGAUCAGCGGCAGGGCAUCGUCACUGCUGUGUCCUCCAUCCUGGGCCUGCAACCUGAGGAUACCCACAAUACACAUGUCCUCUCAAGCAAAAUACAAGGUAAACAUCAUGAAGAGGCAAGUAACAACUUAAGAUGUAAACUGUUAAACAGACCAGCGUCAGGAGCAGGUUCACGAGGAAAGAUGUUCUCUCAAGGAGGUAGUCGUCCUGCAAGUGGCAAGAGUGCCAGUGGUGUUCCUCAUCUUGGCCUUGGAAACUCAUCCUCCAGUGACUCUGAUGCCAGUAUGUUUCAGGAAGGCAGGCAGACAGUCAGACCCUUGCAUGGAGGAUCUUUAUGUACUCUCCCUGGUAACUUGAAUGCCGACAUUGUUAGUAAAGGCAAGCUUUGGAAUUCAAGAAGUGAAAAUAUGGCUGGGUACCUUGAAUCAGAUCAUUGUAAUGGAAAUCUUCACAUUAAUAAUUCAGAUAGGGAGUACAGGUCACUUCCAGAUCUUCAAAGCAAGUCCAGUUUAAAAGAUAAUUAUACUGGUAAAAUUGCUGGAAAUGGUAAAUCAAGAGGAGCAACUACAUAUGGUGGGGCAAGAACAAGACAUGGGAGUAUAAGCCAUCAAGAAGUUCCACAAGAGUCCAUUCAUCCAUCAUAUUCUAAGAAAAUCUUUAUGGCUUCAGAAAUUAUCCAGGCCAGUGAUUAUACAGAUGAAGAUGGCGGAGAAGCACAAGCAAAUAUAGAGAUGGAAAGAAUUUUUCAAAAAUGCAAAAUGAUGAAAACCAUUGCUAAAGAAGCACCAGGCAUAGAGGCUCCUACUCAUGACACAUUCAUUGAUGAAGACCCGGCAAGUAUUACCUUGCAAAAGCUUAAUCAAGUGUCUACACUUCUUUCUCAAUAUGUUUCCCAAUCUUAAGAAAGGCUAACUUCUUAUUUCAUACUUAUCAUUUCCAUGAAAAUUAUUAAUUAGUUGUGCUCGUUUAUGAUCUUAAAUUUGUUAAAUCAAAGUUGCUGUGAUAUUGCAAAUGUUGCAAAUCCUUAAAGUUAUAAUUAUCCCUGUUAAAACAUUAUUGUUUAUCUGCUCUCAUUGACAUUCUCAUUCUUCAUUAUUAUUUGCAUAUGCGUAUUUUGCUAUCAUAUCAUUCAUUAGUCAUUACUUUAUGGCUGGUGCUAAGCUGCUUCACUAUUCCAUUGUUAUUUGGCUUUGUCUUCAGUAGAGUAGUGUUUGCUUAAAGCCUUUACUAAACCUCUUGCUUCCAUUCUGUCGAUGGCAUUUUUCACGCCACCCCACAAAACUGGUAAAUGAGAUUACAUUACUUUUUCAAUGUCUUUUCUUUAAAUUUUAAUUUUUUGAGAAUUAGGACAGUAUUUUAUGACCCAUGUUGGCUCUAGUUUCCUUGGGCAAUUCAAUUGAUGCUCACAGCAGAUAUAUAGUGACAUCCCUGAAACAAUGUUUUUAUGCUAAUGAUUUUAUUAAUUUAUAUUUCAAUUAUUCAUUCUUCAAAUUGGCAACCAAAAUAAAAGAUUGUUUGGUCAAUGCUUUAAUAUACAAUAUCUUGUUUGACCUACAGUUAAUCGUCCACUCUCUUGGUUCUUCUUUUAACCCGUUUCUUUCUAAUCAAUAUUAUUUGAAAAAUAAAAAAUAUUUGGCCCCCUCCCCCAAAUGUGUACAUGGCACUAUUAAAUGUUGCUAAUUUUUAAAGCAUACUGAACAUUGAUUAAAAGCUGUUUAAAAGUACUGUGUUACUAACUUGAUCUGUGGACAGACCAUUUAAGAUACAUUUCCUAGCAUUUAGGAGCAUGAUUUGUAGAGGAUUGUGGUGAUGGUGGAUAUGGUUCUCACUUCAUUCAUUUCAUAUAUUCACCUGAUAAUCCUCUUAUCUGUUUGAGCAUUUAAUGAUAUCCUAAUUUUAAUCAUGAUCACAAAGAAUAUAUUUCUUUUUAAAAUUUUGAUCUGUGUAUUUAUGUAUUUGAAAUGGGCUUAGUUUUAAAUAAAAUUUAGUAACUUGAAA